AUGGAGAUCUUUGAUUUGACUCAAGAUGACUCGCCAGAGGAGCCGGUCAAGUCAGAGGAUGAGGAGAUGGCGUGGGCCAUCAACAUGGUGAUGGAGGCGCAGCACAGUGCACCUGAAGAGGAAGAGAUCUUCUACGAUUGCCACAGUGGAGAUGAAGAAGAGCCGCCAAGUACUUCAUCGUUGGAGGAGACAGUGAGCCGUGAUGCACGAGCCCAAUGUGAAGACACUGAGUUGGACAUGUUCAGAGUGUGCAUGGUGAAGAGCAUGGCGCCCACAGUCAUCAUGACCCUCGACUCUGGAGCAGAUGUUUCUGUUGCACCUGAGGAGUACUACCAGAUGGGUCACCCAGGACAGCAACGGUCAGUGCAGAUGGUCGACGCACAAGGAGAGGCCAUCAAAAGUGCUGGAAACCGCAGGUUGAGACUUCAAGCUCACACGAGGAAUGGAGACGUGGUGGAAUUCGUGGAGCAGUUUGCAUUGGGAGUUGGAGUGACACAUCCAUUGCUAAGCUUUGGCCGACUCCUGAGGCAAGGAUGGGUGCUGUCGCGUGAUCAACAAGGUCUAUGCUUGGAGCACCCUGAGAAGAAGAUGCAAAUCCCGGCCAGACUCGAAAGGAACUCUCUGGUCAUGGAUGUGAAGGUCUGUGCAAUUCGAGCAGAAGAAGAGUUGGAUGAAGAGCAGAAGAAGGAGAUCGAGGCCAUGGCAGCGAAUGACCGGGCCCAAGAAGAAAAGGAAGGAGAGAAGAAGGAGGUUCCCGAGGAGGCGGAAACAGAUCGAGGAGUGAAAAGAAGUGCUGAGGAGCAAGCAGAAGCGGAGAAGGUAGCCAAGGAAGAAGCAGAGGCCUUGGCAUUGAUGAGAGAGAUCCCAGAGCAAGGAGCGACUGAUGAUGAUGUUCAAGUGGAAGAGAACCCCAUGAAGAAGUCGCGACUGAAGGAGAAAGAGAAAACCCCACAACGCUCACCAGGCUACACCACUGAAGAGUCAGGAGGAGAAAUCAUUGUCGAAGGAAGCAGCAGCGAAGAUGGAGGAGUUCAAGAGAAGUUGGCCCGCUGGGAGAAGUGGAGGCUGAAGAAUGUCGAAGUCAAGAGUGAGCCAAUGGAGCUGACGGACAGCCCCAUGGAGGAGUUGACGGAGGCCGGACAACAUGUGUUCCCGGUUCGAGGAGAAGGGCAUUCACUGCAGGGCUUCAUUUCAAGAGAACUAGGCCUGUUGGAGAAGGUGCCGGGAUGGCAUGCCUUGCCGAAUGGAAUAGUGGUGCAUUCAAGUCCGCAGGCAACUCAUUUCCUUGACCCAAGCAUGUCUUUCGGCCCUGAAUGGUGUGGACGUAUGACUCUCGUGAAGAAGAAAGACAAUUCAGGUGCUUGGGAGCAGAUCGAAAGUCUAGCUGCGUACAAGGACACACCAUUGCCCUUUCGAGCCCUGCCGGCAGGACCAAGGUCAACCCUGACAUUUGUUGCCCCAGGACUGAUUCUGGACUACUUCGUGCUGAACUCGGAAGUCCCAGUGAGCCAGUACCCACUACUGAGUGGAGAACCAUCAUCAUGGCCCGAUGACGAAAGGGAUGAAGAAGGAGGAGAGUUCCCUAUGCUUGCAGCAGGAAGUGGAGGAAGAGCAGAGAUCCUGGAGGACGUGGAGUUCGUGGAUCCAGACGAGCUAAGGGUGCAGAUUGAUGAAACAUGGUUCGACAAAGAGACAAAGCUCAAAGACCUCCAAGAAAUAUGCAAGCAGCUUGGAUUGGCUACAUCAGGGUCCAAGACGAAAGUCCUGAGGAGGUUGCAACGAUUCAAGCAUCAGCAGGAAGAGAAGAUGGCAUAUGAGGUUGCACAAAGACUGUUUGCCGAAAGCAGGAGAGAAGCCAUUCCUCUGAAAACACCAAAGUUGCCUUCACGGCAUGAACAAGAGCUGCACCAAUUGACACAUCUCCCGUUUCAGCCAUGGUGUCAACAGUGUGUUGCAACGAGAUCAAAAGAGGACCCACGAAUGAAGGAAGAACGAAGCGACAGGAAGGAUAGAGGUAGGCCGGUGAUCAGCUUUGACUAUGGGUUCACCUAUACGGCCGACGCACCAGAGGAGAAGCAAUGGGGCACCGCCUUGUACGUGGCGGAGUCAGAGUCAAAAGCCACACUGUGCAUUCCUGUCCAAGCAAAAGGGAGUGCAUCGCUGAAGCAGGUGACAGAAGAGCUGACAAGAUUUAGUAUGCAGGUCUGCAACACCCAGCCAAUCAUUUUCCAGUCGGAUGGAGAGAGAGUCACUCGACAAGUGCUCAGGGCAACUCAACACGCCCGUGCCUCCCUUGGCCUCACCACAGAAGUCAGGACAACCUCAAGAGACCAGCAUGCGUCCAACGGUCAGGCCGAGAGAACAGUCCAGUCCGUCCGCAAGCUCGCCAAUACCUUGAGGCGCUACGCAGAGGAAAAGAGUGGUGUGAAAAUCACAGGAGAUAUGCAUUGCUAUCCCUGGAGUUUCAGACAUGCAGCUUGGUUGAUGCUCCGAUACAGGGUGAUCAAUGGAGCUACAUCCUUUGAGAUGCUGACGGACCGUCAAUAUGUUGGCAGGGUGGCGCUAUGGGGUGAGACAGUGCUUUUCAAAGAUGUCACCUCCUUCAAGCACAAAGGUGAGCCGGUCUAUCGACGAGGUGUCUGGGUUGGCAAAAGUUCGUGGAACGACAGCCACAUCUGUUUGACAAGAUCUGGAGCGGUGGAGGCCCGUUCUAUCAGGAGGCUUCCCGAGCAGUUUGAUGGGCAGAUGCUGAUCCACUGCCGUGGACUUCCAUGGCAAUACUCGGCUCAAGGCGUCCUCACGAAGACCAAGUUUGCAGCACGACAACGCCUAGCCGAGGCAGCUGAAGAAGCCACAGGUGAAGAGCAAGUAGAGAAGGAGGCAAAAAUGGUCGGAGAGGAAGUGGCCAUGAGAAUGUAUGGACAUGGUCCUAUCACACCAGGUCCAGCUCCAGAGGGCUAUCCAAAGACACCUGCCAGAACACCAGCAAGCAAGACACCGGCAAUACGAACACCAGUAGUCACGCCUAUGCCAGCCACGCCGGCCCGUCCAGUGCCCAAGACUCCAGUGGCACCAGAACCACCAAGAGAGGCCAAGAGUUCAUCCUCAGAUCCAAAAGAAGGAGAAGCAUCAAAGCGAAAGAUGGCACGGCUGCCCAUCCCUGAGGCGAUGCGAGGUGAACCUGCCAGGAACUUCAUGCCAGAAGCAGUGGAGUCUGAAGCAAGCCCAAAGAAGCAGAGAUUAGAAGAGAUCGUGGGCAACCUGGCACCAGUCACUCCACCACUAGGCACAAAGAGAGAGUAUGCCUUGCCGUGGGACGACGAGGAUGACGAAAAGAGGAGGAUGAGCCCAAAGAGAAGAGUGAACAGCAUUCAAGAAGAUUUCCCAGGUGGAGAUGAGAUGACCGGAGAAGCCAUUUUGCAGGAAGAGCUCAACAAUGUCAGAGGCCAAGGAGCAGAAGCUGAGCGCCCAGAAGAAAACGAAGAUGGAAGCGAUGAGGCUUGGUGGAUUCGGCCAUUGAUCACCAUGAUCUGUUUGGCAAGCAUUGGGGCCUUGAGCCUGGCGCGAAUGGCCAUUGGGGCUAUGAUGACAUGGUGGCAUGGAAGACGAAGCCACGGACAGUCCGUCGAGGAGAAUGAGGAUGGAGACGAUGAGAAUGUGGUCGAAAGACUGCCUGCGAGAAAUGAGACAAGCACAGACGAAGAGAAGAUGAAUAUGCAAUGGCAGAUUGUUCGCUUGGAGGUGGCCAUUGCUGAACAGGAGGAAAAGCUGACAGAUGCCCGAAGAGAUCGAGAUCUGCAAGCACGAGAAGUUGUGCGCAUGUAUGACAUGUGUUCAGAGCUGCGCUUCGAGCUCGAGAAUGUCAAGGAAGAAAGAGAUGAAGCCAAAAGAAAGGUCAUUAGGUUGGCCGGAACAGAUGAUGAGAAAGCUAUGGAGUUGGAAAGAAUGACAGAAGACAUCGCCAAAGCUUGGGAAGUGGCCGAGCUAUGGAAGAAGAGGUUGCAACACUUUCGUAGCUUUGUGAGCCAGUGGUUUCAGCGGACUGAGGUCAUGGGGAACCCAGGCAGCUCUGGUAGUGCGGUCUACCGCUUCUCUCCUGAGCGCUCAAGAUAUGAGGCCAUCGCCUUACACGCGCUGAUGGAUUUCCGUGGCAAGCUGACGGAUGAGGGUCAUGGGAGCUUUUUGCGACUGGGUGUGCAAGCGCCAGAGAUCCACAAGUUUCUGAGGCUGCACCAGUUUUCGCACCUCGUGCAGCAGGAAAUGGCUGAAGAGGCUGAAGCUGCAACCACUGGCACAAAGUCUGCCAAAAAGGUUGCCGCCACAGGCACAAAGUCUGCCAAGACAAAGGCGGCUGGUGGCACAAAGACUGCCAAGGGGUGA